CACCUCCUCAUCACCCAAUUCAUCUCCACUCAACGACCAACACCAUCACCAUGGUUGCCAUUGCUCGUUCUUUCGGUGCUGCCCGUGUGGCCAGCCGCAGCCUCACCACCGCUGCCCGCCCCCAGAACAGCCUCGUUGCUGCCCGCUCCGCUUUCCGCAACAACGCCGCCCGCAACGUCAUCCAGAAGCGUGGCAUCGUCGCCGAGUCCACCGCUGCCGCCAUGGUCGCUGCCGCUAAGAUCCAGGGUGCCGGUCUCGCUACCAUCGGUCUUGCCGGUGCUGGUGUCGGUAUUGGCACAGUUUUCGGUGGCCUCAUCCAGGGUGUUGCCCGCAACCCUUCCCUCAGGGGUCAGCUCUUCCAGUACGCCGUUCUCGGUUUCGCCUUCGCUGAGGCUACUGGUCUCUUCGCCCUCAUGAUGUCCUUCUUGCUCCUCUACGUCGCAUAGAUAUGUGCACAAGAGUGGGCUAUGUUGACACGGGGUCAACGGUCUGGGUCGCUGGAUGGAAACUUUCGUGGAUGGGUGUGUGCAUAGGGAGACCUCCUUUCUACCUCUAGUGGCCGGUCAGAUUGUGUAAAACAUGUACUUUAGACUGAGCAAUCUGAAGAGCAAGCUACCACUGAAGUUUUGUCCUCCUCGAGGGUGCAUUGCGGAGGCUCCAUCGGAAGCAGUGACGUGUGCGGAGAGCUGAUACCCGUCUCAAUCGGCUCAAUUCACUAUGAUGAAUACAUACCAAAUCUAAUUGAUGUGACUUUGA